UUGACACGCUGGGAAUGCCCUCCUGGGUGUGUCAGUUUAAAAGCACAGUGAGUUCUCUCCAUUCUUCAUUGUGCCUUACAUCUCCUGCAGGGACUCAACAGCUAGGAGCCUCCUCUCUUCUGACUGAACAAUUACAAUGGCAUUAAAUGGUAAAAUCGCAGUAGUGACCGGAGCAGCCCAGGGAAUAGGAAAAGCAAUGGCGGAAAAACUCCUGCAAAAUGGUGCCAAGGUAGCCCUCCUGGAUGUGAAUGAAACUGAAGGAAAUAAUUUAAUGGAAGCCCUCGAGAAAGUGUACGGACGGGAGAGAACUUUGUUCCACAUCUGUGAUGUUGAAUCAGAGGAGCAGGUGAAAGCUGCCUUUCAGAAAACCGCAGAAACCUUCGGAGGAAUAGACAUCCUGUGCAACAAUGCUGGAAUCUUGAAUGAGACUGUGUGGGAGAAAACUGUCUCCAUAAACCUUAUGGGGGUUAUCAGGGGGACUUACCUGGCUCUGGAGCACAUGAACAAGUUGACUGGAGGUCGGGGAGGGAUCAUCGUCAACACUGCAUCCAUGGCAGGUCUCGGCCCUCUACUAAGCUGUCCUGUCUAUACAGCCACCAAGCACGGGGUGAUCGGCUUCACUCGAGCCAUGGCGGCUGCCUCUACUGCAUCAGGCUAUGGUAUACGGGUCAACGCCCUUUGCCCAGUUUUUGUUCAAACUGACCUCUUCUCUACCAUUCCUUCCAAUCUGGGGCCCUACUCCCACCUGGCUGAUGAAACCCAACAAUUAAUAGAAAAGUUUAGGGUUUUAAGUGCGUCUGAGGUAGCAGACUGCCUCCUCGAGCUGGUGACAGAUGAGACAAAGAAUGGAGAGGCCGUCCUGGUGAUACCACAAGGAAGGAAAUACAUGACUUUUCCCUCGUUGAUCCAGUAGCUCUUGGCAAUGACAAACCACAACACCGUCAUACAGAACAAACCUGUAUUGUUUCUCAGUGCAAAAUAAGGACCAGUGUGUAACUUCAUUACAAUGAAGAGGGAAAUAUUGUACAUUUUGCUUCAAUACAUUUGUUACAGACAUAGUUAUUACUUUUCAGAUUAAAGAUUAUACAAAACAUAUACUUGCUUUAUAAAAUAUGGUACAUUAAUAUAGAUUCAGCUAAACAACAUAAUAUGCAGCAGGUAACUCAGUUUUAUAGCUUUGGUAGAAGUUGACAGCAUCUUCCAACGCUAGCCUACCUGUUCUCUACACAAAAGCAGCAAAUCUAAAAAGGAAUCAGAUGAAUCUUAAAAAAAUAGUAAUGAAAUCAAUUUCCUAUUAGAUCAACACACUGUUUCUACUAAGCCACAGGGCAUUUCUAUUUUCACAUAUUUCCAUGUUUCCUGUCCCUCUUCACAAAAAAAAAAAAGAAAUACAGUAACUGAAACAGCGCCACUUUAUGCGGACUAUGGACAAUAGGUUACUUUCCAUAGUUUACUCCUCGUUAGUACAGUGAUAAGCAUCCCAGGCGGGAGACCGGUGUUCGAUUCCCCGACGGGGAGACGCGUGGUGAAUGAAUCAGGAGGAGUUCAGAAGUAGGAACUCCGACUGUGGCGGCAACUGUAGCCUUAACCACUGAUUUACUGUUAUCAAACGAAAACAGCGUUGAAAAGCCGACCCUCCUGCCAGCAAUGUGUGAACGUGGUUUCUUUGCCAGAUAUGACUGAUGUACAUGUAGCCUAUAGGCUAUAUCUGCAAUGUUGUUCUUUCAUUCCAUAUUUAUAUAUUUCAACAUUUAUUCAUGUUGACUGUAUGUUUGUCUACGUGUAGCACCUUAUCACCACAGCAAAUUCCUCAUAUGUGUAAAACACUACUUGGCAAUAAAACUCCUUCUGAUUCUGAUUCUGAUUCUGAUGUCUUGCCAGUAACGUAAAUGUUACACCAAAGGAGUUUCCAAAAGGUUACGUAUUGAAAUCUUAACACCAUGUGUCACAGCCUUAAUCUUAUCAAGCCCGGAAACGCUUGAAGAUGCAGACGCAGAUGUUUAACAGGAAGUUUCCAAACUCAGGAACAUUUUGUCUUGUUGAGUUUACAGGAGUUAAGCCGAUCACAUGGCAUUUAAUCGCAGGUCGAGAACUGCCCUCUAGAUUAGUUUGAGGUAUACAGUUACCUUAAUUAUUGUUUCAGUGUGAGGAAAGUAUUUGAUGAUUAUUCACAGUUUGUUGUGUGUGUUCUGAACAGGAUUAUUUUGUGUGGGAAGGUGUGGUAAAGACAUAAAAUGUACAAGCAGUGUUUUGAUUUCACCACUUACUUGAUAUUGCAGAAUCACACAAAAUUUCAACCUCUUUUGAAAUUAUGUCGUUGUACAUUUAUUUGGUGUAUUUGUAUAUUUCACGUUAUAUAUUUUAUCAGAACGUCAGCAGCACAAACUUUUUGUUCAACACACUGCUCAUGCAUAUGAACAAAGUGAUGCUUGAUUGAUGAAAGUUGUAUCUAUUAUUGCUAAAGAUAUAAACUAUUAGUCUCUUGAAUCUU